AUGGAGGAAGCGAAGGGAGUGGUGAAGCAUGUAUUGUUAGUAAAGUUCAAAGAAGGAAUCUCAGAGAAUCAGAUUGAGGAACUCACCAAAAGCUAUGCAAAACUCGUCGAUCUCGUUGAACCCAUGAAGUCCUUCCACUGGGGAAAGGACGUGAGCAUCGAGAACCUGCAUCAAGGUUUCACCCAUAUCUUCGAGUCUACCUUUGAGAGUAUGGAGGGUGUGGCGGAGUAUGUAGCUCAUCCUGCCCAUGUUGAAUAUGCAAAUUUGUUCCUUUCCCAUGUGGAGAAAGUCAUCGUGUUCGAUUACAAACCAACUACGGUUCGUGUCUAA